AUGUCGAGCGAGCCGAGAAGCCCCGAGUUCCAGGGUAGCUCUUGUGGCACAAGACUUAUUGAUUUGUUGCUGCUGCGUUACGGACAAGGUGUGAGUUUGGCAAAAUCUCAAAAACGAGUGUGUGGAGUGAACAUUCUUUCUAUAAACGCAUCUAUUGGGCAUAUCAUGCCCAAGGAGCAGAGUGAUGGCGGAGGAGGUUCUGAUGGCGGAGGAGGUUCUGACGGCGGAGGAGAUUCUGACGGCGGAGGAGGUUCUGAUGGCGGAGGAGGUUCUGAUGGCGGAGGAGGUUCUGACGGCGGAGGAGGUUCUGACGGCGGAGGAGGUUCUGAUGGCGGAGGAGGUUCUGACGGCGGAGGAGGUUCUGACGGCGGAGGAGGUUCUGAUGGCGGAGGAGGUUCUGAUGGCGGAGGAGGUUCUGAUGGCGGAGGAGGUUCUGAUGGCGGAGGAGGUUCUGACGGCGGAGGAGGUUCUGACGGCGGAGGAGGUUCUGACGGCGGAGGAGAUACAGGAGGCGGAGGUUCAGGCACAGGAGGAGAUACAGGUGGAGGAGGUUCAGGCACAGGAGGAGAUACAGGUGGAGGAGGUUCAGGAACAGGAGGAGAUACAGGUGGAGGAGGUUCAGGCACAGGAGGCGGAAGUUCAGGCACAGGAGGAGAUACAGGUGGAGGAGGUUCAGGCACAGGAGGAGAUACAGGUGGAGGAGGUUCAGACACAGGAGGAGAUACAGGAGGCGGAGGUUCAGGCACAGGAGGAGAUACAGGUGGAGGAGGUUCAGGCACAGGAGGAGAUACAGGAGGCGGAGGUUCAGACACAGGAGGAGAUACAGGAGGCGGAGGUUCAGGCACAGGAGGAGAUACAGGUGGAGGAGGUUCAGGCACGGAGGAGGAGAUACAGGUGGCGGAGGUUCAGGCACAGGAGGAGAUACAGGAGGCGGAGGUUCAGGCACAGAAGGAGGUACAGGUGGAGGAGGUUCAGGCACAGGAGGAGAUACAGGUGGAGGAGGUUCAGGCACAGGAGGAGAUACAGGUGGAGGAGGUUCAGGCACAGGAGGAGAUACAGGUGGAGGAGGUUCAGGAACAGGAGGAGAUACAGGUGGAGGAGGUUCAGGCACAGGAGGAGAUACAGGUGGAGGAGGAGAUACAGGAGGCGGAGGUUCAGGCACAGGAGGAGAUACAGGAGGCGGAGGUUCAGGCACAGGAGGAGAUACAGGAGGCGGAGGUUCAGGCACAGGAGGAGAUACAGGUGGAGGAGGUUCAGGCACAGGAGGAGAUACAAGUGGAGGAGGUUCAGGCACAGGAGGAGAUACAGGAGGUUCAGGCACAGGAGGAGAUACAAGUGGAGGAGGUUCAGGAACAGGAGGAGAUACAGGAGGUUCAGGCACAGGAGGAGAUACAAGUGGAGGAGGUUCAGGCACAGGAGGAGAUACAGGAGGUUCAGGAACAGGAGGAGAUACAGGAGGUUCAGGCACAGGAGGUUCAGGCACAGGAGGAGAUACAAGUGGAGGAGGUUCAGGCACAGGAGGAGAUACAGGAGGUUCAGGAACAGGAGGAGAUACAAGUGGAGGAGGUUCAGGCACAGGAGGAGAUACAGGAGGUACAGGCACAGGAGGUUCAGGCACAGGAGGAGAUACAGGAGGUACAGGCACAGGAGGUUCUGGCACAGGAGGAGAUACAGGAGGUUCAGGCACAGGAGGAGAUACAAGUGGAGGAGGUUCAGGCACAGGAGGAGAUACAAGUGGAGGAGGUUCAGGCACAGGAGGAGAUACAAGUGGAGGAGGUUCAGGCACAGGAGGUACAAGUGGAGGAGGUUCAGGCACAGGAGGAGAUACAGGAGGUUCAGGCACAGGAGGUUCAGGCACAGGAGGAGAUACAAGUGGAGGAGGUUCAGGCACAGGAGAUACAGGAGGUUCAGGCACAGGAGGAGAUACAGGAGGUUCAGGCACAGGAGAUACAGGAGGUUCAGGCACAGGAGGUUCAGGCACAGGAGGAGAUACAGGAGGCGGAGGUUCAGGCACAGGAGGAGAUACAAGUGGAGGAGGUUCAGGCACAGGAGAUACAGGAGGUUCAGGCACAGGGGGAGAUACAGGAGGUUCAGGCACAGGAGGAGAUACAAGUGGAGGAGGUUCAGGCACAGGAGGAGAUACAGGAGGUUCAGGCACAGGAGGAGAUACAGGAGGUUCAGGCACAGGAGGAGAUACAAGUGGAGGAGGUUCAGGCACAGGAGGAGAUACAGGAGGUUCAGGCACGGGCGGGGAUGCUACUGGUGGAGAAGGUUGAGUUACUGAGGGAGUUUAAGUUGUUGGAGGAAGUUCAAUAUCAAUGUAUGAUAAUACCGAAUCCAAAAAAGAAUAUUUCAAACUUGUUAAAAUCAUUAUGAAUAAAUGUAAUACAGGAAACAUGUCUGUCCAUAUAAUAUCGAGAAAAUAAAGGUAAUAUUUUGAGACAAAAUGAAAUCCCAUGAUUAGAUUCAUAAAAACAUGAAAACGAUGAAGCGGAAAGGUGAUCAGCGUCAUCUGUUGAUUGCAUUAAAGAAUUAUUACGAUUACGAAAUUAUAGAACUCGUCCUAAUAUACCUCAAAAACUCCUCUAAAUAUACCUCAAGGAGACUACAUGAAAGCAAAGUCUGUACUUAAGUAUAACCCAGUCCAUGUGGAAGGAAAUGAGUUUGGUUUAAAGAUCAUGGCGUUCUGUUAAUCGUUAAUUAACUUAGCUUAUUUGUUGAUAAGACUGUUAAUGAUAUAUAGGCCUACAUUUUCAUUCAAUAUACAGGCCUAAGUUAAUAGGCAAUCGUGUGAAGUUGUAUACAAUCCUGAUAACCUAUAGUCCAGACGUAUAUUUGAACACGUAUAUAUGCAUUUUUAGCACACUGUUUGCGAAAUAGUUUUUAGAUAUUCUGUAACUACAGAUACAGGAGGUUCAUAUGGUUGUCUCCCAUAUUCAGUGGAAGAUAAAAUUCAACCGAAGUGUUGCUAAGAUAAGCAACUGUUGCGCGAUUUUCGUGAGACAGUUGCGCAAUAGACUACGGACAAAGCUAUAUACGUAGGCCUGAUUUUUUUUUUCUGAGAAAUCCCGAGAGACACAAGAGACUGUGUGACUUUGUAUAGUGAUGGUAUGUGUGAAACAUACAUGAUGAUGUUACUGAUUAUUACUGUAUUAUUGCCAUUUUUCUAUACAGCUUAAUUCUAUACAUGGACUGGGCAUUAGUGGUGUCACUGAUGAUAAUACGGUUUUAUCACUUAUGAAGUGCGACAUUUGUGAUGUUAACUGUUAUAGUUGUUGCUGUUAUUCUUGAUAUUGUACUAUUUCCAAAUAACGAAAAAUGACUGUAUGUUUUGGUUUUUAUUAUCAGCACUGUUAAAAUUGGCAAUAACCAUUAUCAUUUUGCUAUUAUAACUGUCGUUAGUAUGUUCUCUUCAUAAUUGUUAUGAUUAUUGUAUUUG